CUGGCAGCGACGCGUAGUUUUGGCCACCUGGAUGAUAGUAGCCUUUGUGCUUGUGAGGAGUUACGCAAGCAACCUCAUGUCAGUGUUGGCAGUGCGUUAUAUCCAGCAGCCUUACCAAAGCCUGAGGAACGUGCUGGACGAUCCUGGCGUCACCAUGAUCUGGCAGACCAACUCCAGUAGAGUACAAUACUUUCGUUCCGUGAAAUCUGGGAUCUUCCGGGAAGUUGCUGAGAGGGAGAAAGCUGGUGGCAUCAAAUUCCAAUUGCUUCACGAAUUUUGGGGAAGCAUGAACACUUUUCUGCGCAAGGGAUACUACGUUCUAAUUGCUGUUGAGAUCAUGACACGGUUCUUGAUUAGUCAUGAUUUCACAAAGAGAGGUCAAUGUGACUUUUACACUGCAAAGGAACGUCUUCUGCCAGUUUUCUUGUCCGGUGUGGGCAAAAAAGGAAAUCCAAUUGUACCCCACCUCAACAAAAGAAUCAUAUCGAUGCAGGAGUCAGGGCUGUAUGAUUUGUGGAUUGAAAUGAGUAUACCCAACUCCACAUCUUGCACCCAGACACCGUCCCGUAUCACCAAGAGUUCAUCCCUCUCCCUGCCUCACCUGUGGGGCGUGAUGGUGGUGUUGGCUGGCAGUCACGGGGCGGGACUGCUGCUGCUCGUCUGGGAGGUGAAAUAUCCGCCUCCCACACCCUCUUAGAACAAAAUAAUAAUAACAAUAACAAUAAAAAUAAUAAUAAUAAUAAUAAUAAUAAUAAUAAUAAUAAUAAU